AUGAGCUUUGAAAAGUUUACCAAUAAUCAGCACUUUAAACAGGUUGUAAGAGGCCAACUAGUGGCUCAUCUGGAUCUAAUUGAUUGCCUAGAUUGUUUGAAACUACAUACCCAGAUGGCGGAAGAAAGUACGGAGGAUAGAAAGAAGCAGAUCCGGGAGAUUUACCGUUACGAUGAGAUGUCCAACAGGGUACUUAAGGCUGACCGGAGAUUGCAAACGAUACAGUCAGACCCUCAGCGAGAUGCUGAGUUAUCACAGCCGAAAUCCAUGAGUGGAAGGAUCUCUGCUAAGGAGAUGGGUGCAAAUGCUCGUCGUGAAGCUACAGUUGAGGAAAGGGAAGAGGCCAGGAGGGAAGUGGAACGCAGGCAACGAGAUACUAGUUUGGUUAAGAGUAACCGAAGCGUAAAUGCUACGUCUGGUACGGUUUUGGACUCUGCUAAUCUAGGUCUAAAAUACUAUCCCAGGGACAAAGCGAAUACUGAAGUAUAUGAGGACGUUCUGCGAUGGGUGUCAACGCAGGUGGGAAAUGAUAUGCCACGCGAUGUGAUUGCAGGUACUGCUGACCUGCUGAUAUACCGCUUCAAGGAUAAUGAAGAAGAAGCCGACGGGCUGGUAGCAAAGAAGAGACAAGAGAUUGAACAGGAGCUUCAAAGAAAAGUCGAGCCAUCAGAAUUCCAGGAACUAGUUAAAUUAGUGAAGCAAAUUACGGACUACGGUGAUCAAUCUAGCGGAGCAGAUGAGAAAGUGAUAACGACGCUCUCUGAGGAUGGUUAUGACGAGGAGGAGCUUGUUGAAGAACAGGCCGAAGAAGACGACGUUGAAGAGGAAGAAGAGGAUCAAGAAAUAAUCGGAAAGAAUAUUGCUGAGCCAAUCUUACAAAGGGAUGAUGAAACUCUAUUACUUACUGGUGAAUCUUCGACUGAUCUACAAAGUUUAGCAAUCUAUGAUGUGGAUGAGUUCUUCAUACGAAGAAAGUUGAACGAAGUUAUAGAAAACGCAGAUGCUGGCAAGAUCCAGAGGCUUUCUGAUAGAAUAAUGAAUGAAUUGGAGAAGAGAGACGAUAACCCGAGAGUACUUGAGGAAAGCCUGAUGAAAAUGCUGGAUUUUGAGCAUCUUCAGUUGGCAGAGUUCGUCAUCAAAAAUAGGUCUCUACUGCUCUGGGGUACUCGGCUGGCUAGGGCAUCCGAACAUAGUAGACCACAGCUACUCCAAGAAAUGCGGGAGAAAGGGUUGGGAUAUCUUGUAGAGCAAUACGAGUCCAAAAAGCGGCUUCAAAACAAGAGGACAGUGGAUGAUGCUGACGAGCAAAAAGAUGUGAACCCUGAAAAGAGAGUGAGAAACGACGUACAGACGACACUACCGCCUUUGAUAGACCUGGAAUCAUUGAAAUUUGAUGAGGGUGCGAAGUUGAUGACAGUGACCAAAGUCGCACUACCUAAGGGCUCGUAUAAAAAGGUAAACCCACAUUACGAGGAGAUACAUAUACCUGCUCCGGAAAGACCUGAGAUAAAUUACGACCUGGUCUCAAUUACGUCCUUACCUGCCUGGGCACAAGAAGCAUUCCCUUCAGCUGAGACAGAAACCUUGAAUGCAAUCCAGUCAAAAGUGUUUCCUGCAACAUUUCAUGACGACAUCAAUCUCUUGUUGUGCGCACCAACUGGUGGUGGUAAGACUAAUGUCGCAAUGCUUUCCAUUCUCAGAGUUAUCUCAAGUCUGAUUAAUCCAGAAACAAAGAAGUUAAAGAACAAAAAUUUCAAAAUUGUAUACCUUGCGCCUUUGAAAGCCUUAGUGCAAGAGCAGGUUCGAGAAUUCCAAAGGAGACUAGCAUACUUAGACAUCAAAGUCGAAGAAUUGACAGGUGAUUCAAAUCUCAGCAAGUAUCAGAUUUCCCAGACACAGAUAUUAGUAUCCACACCAGAGAAAUGGGAUGUGAUAACGCGUAAGGCGGCUGACACAUCAUCGUUCAUUCGACUUGUUCGUUUAAUAAUAAUAGACGAAGUCCAUUUACUGCAUGACCAGAGAGGUCCUGUUAUAGAAAGCAUAGUAGCAAGGUCCUUACAGUCGGAGGUUAUACCGAGUCGACCAAGAAUAGUUGGACUUUCUGCUACACUUCCGAACUAUGAAGAUGUAGCGAAAUUUUUGCAGGUUCCUCCAAAGGGAUUGUUCUACUUUGAUUCAGCUUAUCGACCUUGUCCGCUUAGUCAAGAGUUUUGCGGUGUUACAGAGAAAAACUCUGUGAAAAGGAUUCAAGCGGCGAACGAGGCAUGCUACGACAAAACCCUACAAUCUGUGACCGAUAAUCAUCAGGUAAUAAUAUUCGUCCAUUCCAGGAAGGAGACUGCCAGGUUGGCAAAGUAUCUUGUUGAAAAAUUCAACGAGAGUGGAAACUCCGAAAGUUUGCGUAAGUCAGAUGCUGGUUCUAAGCAGGUUUUGAGUACAGAAGCUGAAAAUAUUCAGGACCCUCAUUUGAGGCUAGUUCUGAAAUACGGAAUAGGACUACAUCAUGCAGGUCUGUCUAGGUCUGAUAGGUCUCUUGCGGAGGAUUUGUUCGCUGAUGGAGUUUUGCAAGUGCUUGUAUCGACUGCCACGCUAGCAUGGGGUGUCAAUCUUCCUGCGCACACGGUGAUUAUCAAGGGGACAGAUGUUUACUCGCCGGAAAAGAGCACUUGGGACAAGUUGUCCCCACAAGAUCUAUUACAAAUGCUAGGUAGGGCUGGUCGUCCCAGAUACGAUACUCAUGGUGAAGGCAUCAUAAUCACGAACCAGACAGAUGUUCAAUACUAUUUGGCUGUUCUAAAUCAACAGCUGCCAAUCGAAUCUCAAUUCAUCUCAAUGCUAAUGGAUAAUUUGAAUGCCGAAAUUGUGUCUGGCAAUAUCAAGUGCAGACAGGAUGCUGUAAAUUGGUUAAGCUACACAUACUUGUAUGUGAGGAUGCUAGUAUCCCCUCAGUUAUACAAAGUACCUAAUGAUGAAAACGAUGAGUCGCUCAUUGUAUAUCGAGAGACUUUGGUUCAUUCUGCUUUGACAACUCUUCACAACGAAAAUCUGAUAGUCUAUCACCCGCAAACUGGUACUGUGCUAUCAACUGAGUUGGGACUGAUAGCAUCUUACUUCUACAUUAAACAUACUUCCAUGGUUACUUACAGCAGGGAAUUAUCGGACCAUUCAUCUCAGAUGGAUCUAUUCAGAAUCAUUGCCAUGUCAGAAGAGUUCAAAUACUUAUCUGUAAGACCGGAGGAACGAAAGGAAUUGAAGGAACUUCUAGAUAGAGCUCCCGUUCCAGUCAAAGAGAAUGCAGAUGACAGGUUAGCAAAAGUCAACAUACUGCUUCAAAGCUAUAUCUCUCGGCUUAAGUUGGAAGGAUUCGCUUUAAACGCCGAUAUGAUGUUCAUCACGCAGAAUGCUGGAAGAAUUUCCAGAGCCCUUUACGAGUAUUCUUUGAAAAGAGGUUACUCUGGGACCACUAAAGCUCUUUUGAAUAUAUGCAAAAUGAUAGACCGAAGAUUAUGGGUCGCUAACUCUCCCUUGGGUCAAAUGAAAUCCUGUCCUUUCGAGGUCGUUAGGAAAACAGAAGCCUCUACACUUCCAUGGCAAGAUUAUCUGGAGUUAGAGUCGCCGGCGCAGGUGGGUCAAGCCAUAAGAUCAGAAAAGCACGGCAAACUGGUCUACGAUUUGCUUCGCAGGUUCCCCAAGCUUCUUCUAAAAUGUUCGAUUCAGCCGAUAACUCCUAGUUUGUUGAAGUUUGAACUUGAAAUUUUGCCAGACUGGAUCUGGGAUUCCUCAUUGCAUGGUCUUGUUGAACCUUUUGUCGUGUUGGUUGAAGACACUGAUGGUGAGAACAUACUAUUCUCAAGUACUUUACUCGUCCGUAAGGAGGCUGUUAAUGAUCCACACAUGAUAGAUUUUACACUGCAGCUAUCACCAGCCCAGCAAAAGAGAUUGCCGCCCAAUUUUUUCGUCUCUGUUAUUUCUGAGCGAUGGUUGAAUAGUGAUGCUCAGCUUGCACUCAGCAUCGAGCACUUAAGACUCCCUAAGAAGUUUCCUGCUCCAACGCCAAUCAUAGAUAUGGCAUUAGUGCCAACCUCAGAAUUGGGAGACCUCGAAUUCUCCAAUGUUUUUAACUUCGAACUCUUCAACAAGUUUCAAAGCCAAACGUUUCAGUCAGUGUACAACUCAAACGUGAACAUUAUGGUUGGUGCAAGCAAAGGAGCAGGGAAGACUACGAUAGCAGAGUUGGCGCUACUCAACCAUUGGAGGCAGAACAAAGGUCGCGCACUGUAUAUCUCUCCUCAUCAAGAGAAAAUCAACAAUCUGACAAAGAGUUGGGACAACAGAUUCUCUGAACUAGCCGGUGGAAAAGCUAUUGGUAAAUUAGGCAUUGAUACUAAUAUGAAUUUACGCAUCAUAUCCCAAAGCCAUCUAGUGCUCGCAACCCCUGGCCAGUUCGACACUGUCUCCCGCCGUUGGAGGCAAAGAAAAACAAUUCAAAACAUAGAGCUUAUCAUUUACGAUGAUGCUCAUGAAAUAUCCAGUGGCCUCACCGGAGCUAUAUACGAGGCUGUUAUCUCGAGAAUGAGUUUUAUUUCUACACAACUGGAUAAAGAGACAAGAAUCGUAACACUGUCAUCUUGUGUUGCGAACGGACGUGACUUUGGUGAGUGGCUAGGAGUCAACAAAAGUCAUAUCUUCAACUUCUCGCCACAAGAACGAAUCAAUCCAAUCGAGAUCCAUUUGAACUUCUUCAAUCAUUCAGCUAACACAAGUUACAAUAGAUCGAUGAUAAAAUCUGCAUUUGACUUUGCUCAUGUUAAUUCCAGCAGUACAACGAUUGUAUAUCUGCCCACAAGGCUUUCUUGCUUGAAAAUGAGCAAUACCUUUGUUGAAAUGGGGGAGUCUUGCAGUUGGGACUUGUUGAAAGUUGAUGACUAUGAGCUGGAAAAAUACUUAGAAAGCCUCCAAGACUCACAGCUCAGGGUGCCAAUUAAGAGAGGCACUGGGAUCAUUCAUAAGGGAAUGGCUGCGAAGGACAGAAAGCUAAUUCAAAAGCUUUACAGCAACGGGGCGUUGUCUGUUUUAUUUGUUGCCAGAGAGUGCUGUUUCAACUCACCUGAUGCGGAUUCAGUAGUAAUUUUAGGGACACAAUGGUACGAUGACAAAGAGCAUCGUUUCAUUGACUACACCGCUAACGAAAUACUGGAGAUGGUUGGAAAUGUCCAUGAUAGAAAUGGAAAAAGUAGCGGCAGGCUGUUGCUCCUUACAAGCUCCAAAACGAAAGACUACUACAAGAAGAUUUUAGUGGAGGCCCUGCCAUUAGAAAGUUUCAUGUACUUUCAUUUGCCUGACCUGCUCGUAACCGAAAUUAGCACAUCAGUGAUUGAAAGUAAACAAGACUGCCUUGAUUGGUUGGCUUACACUUACUUUUACCGUCGCCUACACGCCAAUCCAAGCUUCUAUGGUGUAAAAGAUAUCACACCAUAUGGUAUUUCGGCCUAUCUCACAGAGCUGGUGGAGAGCACCCUCACGGACUUACAAAACUCGUCCAUGAUAGAAAUAGAAAGUCAGAAGUCAGCGGACGAAGGCGUUGUCAGUGAAACUAUCUCUCCACUUACCGGGUGCAUGGUAAGUUCCCACUACAAUACCUCAUUUUUGACUAUGACCAUGCUUUUGAGUUCGUUGUCUGGUAGUGCUACCUUGCAGGAUAUCUUGCAUAUUCUGUCGCAGGCAAGCGAAUUUGACAGUAUUCCAUUACGAGAGGAUGAACUCUCAAUGCUAAGAAAGUUGAAUGAACGUGUUCCUCUUAGAGUCACAGAUUUGGCGGGCAGUAAUCUAUUCGCAAACAAAAUAUUCUUAUUACUUCAAGCACAUUUCUCAAGAUUGAGUUUGGCCGUCGAUUUCAGGUCAGAUUUGAAGAUAAUACUGGAGAAAGCGGUUCCCCUGGUCAAUACAGUUAUUGAUGUAUUGUCGGGUGACGGAAAGUUGAACGCAAUGACUGCAAUGGAUAUCUCUCAAAUGAUCAUACAAGGUUUGUGGGAUGUGGACAGCCCAUUGAAACAAAUUCCAUACUUCGACGAUGAUGUAUUGACGAAAUGCUCUGAAAGAACAAUCGAGACCGUCUAUGAUAUAAUGGCCCUUGAAGACGCAGAAAGGGAAGAAAUCAUGCCUUCUGAAGACAGUAAACUGCUCAAGAUUGCUAAUUUUGUCAAUAAUUACCCAAAUGUCGAGCUGGAAUACUCCAUUGACCAAGGUAGAGAAAUAAAGGCUAAUGAAGCGACGACCAUCAACUUGACGUUGACAAGGGACGAGCUUCCCGAAACUUUGGAAGUCUUCUCAGAAAAAUACCCACUUGAAAAACUUGAAACCUGGUGGCUCGUACUGGGAGAAGUCUCUUCAAAGCAGUUGCAUGCUAUUAAGAAAGUUUCUUUGCGCAGUGAAGUUCAAUCAUAUGCUAUGGAAUUCUUCCUUCCCGAAGGCGAACACGAAUUGACGAUAUGGUGCGUAUGCGAUUCGUACCUAGAUGUAGACAAGGAAGUCUCUUUCAGCCUGAAAGCACUGUAA